AUGUCAAGCAUGUCAGAUCGUAAAGCAGAGCUGGAGCGAAAGAAGGCGAAGCUCCAGGCUCUCCGUGAGGAGAAGGAUCGACGUAGAAGAGAAAAAGAACAGAAGGAUGCAGAAGAAGCCCUGCAACGUGCCUCAGUGGCAUCCAGCCUGGACAGCCGUCGUGACUUGGACGAGAUGCUGUCGUCCCUAGGAAUGGCACCCGUUAAGGAUGUACUGUCGUCCCUCUCUUCGAUGACGUCACUCACACCACCGCAGACAGCAUCACCGGACGCCAGUCUGCCUCACACUGAUAAGUCCAGUCUGCCUUCACAAGGUGGUCCAAAGAAAGCACCAUCUCUUCAAGUAGUGUCUGUCCAAUCAACCGACAUUCCACCUAAGGAGAACGUGACGUAUGCGAAGCAAACACAGACCACUGCAACUGGUGUAUCCGAACUGCGAGAUGGAUACAUGGAGGACUGGUGGCGGCCGCGCAAAGCACACCCCGAUUACUACGAUGAGUACAAUCUAAACCCGGGUUUAGAGUGGGAGGACGAAUUCACAGGUGACGAUGAGGACGCGGCGUUCCAUGGCAAGCUCCCGCCAGGCAUACUGCCGCAUGGCCUCCCCACCGUCAAGGAGGUGCAGCCUGCCGUCACUGUGGCGCCGCAAGAGAAGAAGGAGGAAGAGAAAGAGAAGAAAGUUCGGGAGCUGAGUGCUGAUGAGAAGCAGACCAUCAUGCUGUCGUCAGAGUUCCAGCGGUUUAUGAGUCGCGCGGGGCGAGUCAUUGAGCGUGCUCUCGCCGAGUCCGUCGACAUUUACACCGACUAUACUGGAGGAGGAGAUAGUGAGAAUGCACUGGACGACAAAUCAGAUGCCCGUCUAUCGUUAGUCCGUACUUUCUACGACGAACGUUGGUCCCGGGGUCGCUGUGUCACCUGCCUGGACUGGUCGACCGUCCACCCGGAGCUGAUGCUGGCUUCGUAUCACAACAGCGAUGAUGCCCCUCACGACCCUGACGGCGUCUGCCUCGUGUGGAAUACUAAGUUCAAGAAGACUACUCCUGAAGACAUAUUCCACUGUCAGUCGCCGGUAAUGAGUGCUACGUUUGCAAGGUUCCACCCCAACCUGAUCCUGGGAGGCACAUACUCUGGACAGAUUGUACUGUGGGACAAUCGCGUGCAGAAACGCACGCCAAUACAACGUACACCGUUGUCUUCGCUCGCGCACACACAUCCAGUAUACUGUCUCUCCGUAGUAGGCAGUCAGAACGCUCAUAACCUGAUCUCAGUGUCCACGGACGGUCGUAUGUGCUCCUGGUCCUUGGACAUGUUGUCUCAGCCUCAAGAGACCCUGGACCUUCAACACAGGCAGAGUAAGGCUGUCGCCGUCACGUCCAUGGGUUUCCCACAUGGGGAUGUCAACAACUUUGUGUUGGGAAGUGAGGAUGGCAACAUCUAUACGGGUUGUCUGUACGGUCAGCGUGCCGGAGUGACGGAGUGCGUGGAGGCUCACGCGGGUCCCAUCACGGGCGUGUCCUGUCACGCUGCCGCUGGUUCCGUAGACCUGUCGCACCUCUACCUCACUUGCUCCAUGGACUGGUCUGUUAAGCUGUGGAGCCAGAAGGAGAACAAGGCGCUGUACUCGUUCGAGGACAGCGGGGACUACGUGGUGGACGUGCGCUGGUCGCCCACGCACCCCGCGCUCUUCGCCGCCGCGGAUGCUGCCGGCAGACUCGACCUCUGGAACCUCAACAGGGACACCGAGGUGCCCGUCGCUUCCAUCCAGGCGGAAGGUGGCGUAGCGUUCAACCGAGUGUCGUGGACCCCUGCCGGUACCCACGUGACAGCUGGAGAUGACGCCGGCAAGAUAUGGGUUUACGAACUGGCUGAUCACGUCUCACAACCCCGCCACGACGAAUGGAGCAAAUUCGUGUACACUCUACAAGAGCUUCGCAACAACCAAGCUGAUGAAGAAACUGACAGACUAAGCCUCGCAGCGUCAGGACCCUCAUCUCUCACCAGCCUCACUUCACUAGCCAGCAAUCCGCUUAGGUUACUGGGAAUUAUAGCAAAGCUCAACUACUCUAAAAUUGUUGGUGAUUAG